AUGGCCGAUCAGACUGAAAGAGCUUUCCAAAAGCAAAUUGGUAUCUUCCAAAACUCUAAGAUCAAGAAGAACAGAGAUCGUAGAUGGUUCAAAGAAGUCGGUCUUGGUUUCAAGACCCCAAAAGAAGCCAUUGAAGGUAACUACAUUGAUAAGAAGUGUCCAUUCACUGGUGACGUUUCCAUUCGUGGUCGUAUUCUUACUGGUGUUGUCGUCUCCACCAAGAUGAAGAGAACUCUUGUUCUCCGUCGUGAAUACCUUCACUUCAUUCCAAAGUACAACAGAUACGAAAAGCGUCACAAGAACCUUCCAGCUCACGUUUCUCCAGCUUUCAUUGGUAUUAACCAUGGUGAUCUUGUUACUGUCGGUCAAUGCAGACCUCUUUCUAAGACUGUUAGAUUCAACGUUCUUAAGGUUAAGAAG